AUGGACCAAGAAGCCACAGACUCCCGAUCGAUGAACACAGGACAUGUAAAUAUUCAAGAGCAAAGUGUUGAUUGGGUUGGGACUAUGACAGUACACUUCCUUCAAGAAAUGCCCACUGGGCAGGAUGAACCCGACUUUGCCAGAAAAACAGGACUGAGAAACACGUACAUGACAGUGGGGAUUGAACAUAAUGGAGCAUGGAGUGCUGAAUACGCCUCAGCACUGUACCACUUUCCAGUACAGACUACCCCUCAUGCUCCCCCUGCCCCUUUAAAUUCGCAAGAGGAGGAGAAGAAACAGGCUUAA